AAAUUCACUGCACUCUAAUUAGCAAGCCCACAAUGCCUUUCGAUACGUCACGACUAACAUGGCGACAUUUGGCAGAUUGGUGAUGUACAGUUUAUCCUCGAAGUACGGCCGAAAGUCAACAUUUUUCACGUUUAUAAACCGAAAAGAAAGGUGGUUUUCUUCGGCGGCUGGUCAACCUCUCAACGUCAGUGCCAGUUGUACCAAGAGACUUAAAGAAAUUUCAAGCGACGGCUCUAAUUUGCGCAUCACUGUGGAAGGAGGAGGCUGUUCGGGUUUUCAAUACAAAUUCGACUUGGAUGAAAACAUUAAUGACGAUGAUGUUGUCAGUGAGUCGUGUUUGGGAUCAGUGAACUCGAAACAACAUGGGUGUAACUGUUGGGGCAACCUGCAAAAGGAUCUGGGUGCUGUGUAUCAGGUUCCAGGAUAGUGGAUUAGUAAUAUAGGUAUGGUGGACAUAGAGGGGAAUUAUGGGUAAAGUUUAAGCCAGUUGUACAUCACACACUAGAAAAAGUAUGCAUCGAAUAAAGGCCUUGCCAGACAGGAUGUGGCCUGGCCGUGCGGUGGACAGCUGAGAAGUUCAACAGCAAGCGAGGUCUCACAAGCUGGCCGCUGCAGCUGCAACUGCUGUUGCUCAGCCAGCCAUCACUUUGUGAAGGUGGCUGAAACCGUAUUAGAAUUUUGCACAUGUAAUGAGACUGUUGUGGCAAUAGUUUGGCAGCUUGACACACAUGCAGUAUUUCUGCACAAGUGAUCCAGUCUGUUUGCUUAGCGUGAUUUUAUUUUACAUAUUUGUUAUAAGUCACAAAUUUUGUGCAGAAAUGAGUAGCUUAAAUGAGGGCCAGCUGCUUCUAUUAUUACCACCACGCAAUGGUAGCUAUGACAAACAGAGGAUGGGUUUGUAACAUCAACAGGGAGGGAGAAAGCUGAGGGGAAUAUCAUAACUUGUGUAUUUAACUAGUCUCCUGAUGUUUUACAUAUAUCAAGAGAAUAUUUUGAGGAGAAGCUAUUAUUAUAUAGCACAGUUCCCAUUUGAAUAUGAACUUCUAUUUGCCUACUGUAUUUACUCGAAUCUAAGCCGCACCUGAAAAAUGAGACUCGAAAUUCAAGGGGAGAGAAAAGUUUUAGGCCGCAUCUCCAAAUUGAAACAAAGUUGGUCCAUUGUAA